AUGUAUAAUGAUCAGAGCCGCCGUUGUGCUUUGUCACUGUGUUGUGUUCAUCGAUUACGGCUGCCUGCUACGGAUAUUUCCAAGAUGGUGGAAGUGAAGGAAGCUGCCCCAGUGGCUGGAGAGCCAAAGCUCAGCAAAAGUCGGGAAGCGAACUGGCCAGCGGUUCUUUUCUUCAUACACAUUCAUCUGCUCUCCCUCUACGGAACAUACCUGUUACUCUUCGAAGUCAAAAUGAUGACAUUGCUGUUUUUUAUACUGCUAACAUCUGUGGCAUUAUUGGGCAUGACGACUGGAGCACACAGGUUGUGGGCACACCAAACUUACCAGGCUAGCACUGGACUAAAAAUCAUGCUCAUGCUGUUCCAGACUUUAGCUGGAGUUGGUUCCAUAUAUGACUGGGUGAAAUACCACAGAUUCCAUCAUGCUCACUUUGCCACGGAUGUCGAUCCUUACGACUACAACCAGGGCUUCAUUAACUCACACUUAGUAACUCGUUUGAGGAAACUAAGUCCUCACCAGGAGAAGUUGAUGCAAUCAAUUGAUAUGUCUGACCUUGAGAAAGAUUCCGUGGUUAUGUUCCAAAAGAAGUUGUACUGGGUCCUUUACGCUAUAAUCUUUGUGCUGCUGCCUCUGAACGCUCCUCUCGAGUACUGGGAUGAUUCUAUUCUUUGUUCAGCAUUCGUCAUCGGUUUCCUUCGCUACCUGGUCGUCCUUCAUGGCUCCUGGUUGAUUGAGAGUGCGAUAUCUGUUUGGGGAUUGAAGCCUGGUGAAAAAUCACCACCGGACUCAAACGCAAUAUUUAUUUUGACCAAGUCAUUCUGGCCUCAUUACCACUACCUGGUGCCAUAUGACUACAAAUCUGGAGAAUAUGGAACUUAUGAUAGUGGUUGUUCCACGGCGUUCAUUCGCGUAUGGGCAGCUCUUGGUCUAGCAACUAAACUACGCACAGUUGAAACUGCAUCUAUUCAAAAAGCUCUAGCUGAUGCUGCAAGGACCAAGAAGGACCUCAAAACCUGCAUAGAUGCAGCUGUCAAUAACCAACAGCUGCCUGAAGAACAUUAUCUUAAUAGAGCUUAA